AUGUUAUUGAAACAAAUAUUCUUGCCCUUUUUUGUAUUAUUCAAUGCAAUUAAUGCUAUUGACGUAUACCAAAAUCAAGUUACAAGAGGUACCAUCAAUCUCUCAAUUGGUGACAUCACCAUUCAUUCGGGUGCUUACUGGUCAAUCAUUGACAAUGCUAUUUCUGCUUUGGUUGGUACUUUAACAGUGCAACAAGAUGCCGGGUUUUAUAUCACUGGACUUAAUCCUCUUCUUGGAUUACAAGUUGAAUUACUAGGGGUUUUGAACUCAAUCAAAAACGAUGGUAUUGUUAGUUUUAAUGCGUUAAACAGUUUGGUUGGUCCAAUUUAUAACCUUGUUGGUCUCAGUUUCCAAAAUAAUGGUGAAUUCUAUUUGAGUGCCCUGGGGGUUGCUCCUCCAGUUUUCUCAAUCACUGCUGCUGAUUGGCAUAACAAUGGGUUAUUGGUUCUUGCUCAAACCAAAAGAACAUCAGCAUUGGCUAAUCUUGGUUUCCCUACUGGCUCCAUUGAAAAUCAAGGAUCUAUCUGUUUAUUUGGUACCGCCUACCAACAGCUUACCUCAAUUACUGGUAGCGGGUGUAUUUCCGCCGAUAGAGAUUCAACAAUUUAUGUUUUCAGUUCACUUUUGCCAAUCGCCACUACCCAAACAUUAUAUUUAGCUGAUAGUGCCUCAUCAAUUGUUAUUCAACCUGUGACUUUGCCGGCCACAUACACCAUAAGAGGAUUUGGGAAUGGUAACAAGGUCGGUAUUUCUCUUCCAUUGCUUAGUGUUCCACUUCUUGGUCAACCAGCUUAUUCAUAUGACUCGUCAUCAGGGGUCCUUACUUUGAGAGGAUUAGGCGUUGGAUUGCUUUCCCAGAGAUUCCAAAUUGGUACUGGUUAUAAUCCAAGUUUGUUUGAAAUUGUUACUGAUGAUGGUGCUGGUCUCCCAACUACUUUGCUAGGUUCAGUCAGAUACAAUGGACCUGUUCCAAAUAGUGCAGUUCCAGCCUCAUGUAACUGUAAAUACGUGCCACCAUCCCCUGGAACUGACGAAUCAUCAUCAAGUCUUUCAAGUUCAACUAGUGAACAAUCAUCAAGCAGUGCUACUUCUGUAUCUGCAUCAGAAACCAGUGAUACUUCAUCUACUCAAGAAUCAUCAUCGUCAAGUGAAGCAUCUUCCACCCAAGAGCCAUCCUCAUCUACCCCAGAACCAUCGUCAUCAAGUGAGACAUCUUCCACUCAACAGCCAUCUUCAUCAAGUGAGACAUCCUCUACUCAAGAGUCAUCUUCAUCAGCUGAAGUCUCAUCUUCCAGUGAAUCAUCUACUGAACCAUCUUCAUCAAGUGAAACAUCCUCUACUCAAGAGUCUUCCUCGUCUAGCAAGGAAUCAUCAUCCUCCACUGUGUCGUCAACUGAAGAGCCAUCUUCAUCAACUGAAGCCUCAUCUUCCAGUGAAUCGUCAACCGAACCAUCUUCAUCUACUGAGGCUUCUUCUUCUACUGAAUCGUCAACCGAAGCUUCUUCUUCUACUGAGGGCCCUUCAUCUUCCCAAGAAUCGUCUUCAAGUGAGAUAUCAUCUACAGAAGGUCCAUCAUCAUCUACAGAUUCUUCAACUGAUAUUACCUCAGCCACUUUAACUGAUGAUCAAAGUAGUUCUGGUACUGGUCAAUCAUCAACCGAAGAUGAACCAAUUGAUUCUACUGAAUCUGAUACUUCAAGUGCAACUGAUUCUAGUACUGCCACAGACACUAGUGCCACUAGCACCGAUACUAAUAGUGAAUCUACAGAUUCUUCAACCGCAACAGAUACUGGUUCUACUGAUACUAAUACUGCUUCAAGUACGGAAACUAACUCUGGUGCUACUGAACCUUCAACUGAUUCCAACACCGGAGCUACUGAAUCUUCCACAGCUACUGAUACCAAUACUGGUGCUACUGAUUCUUCAACUGUUUCUGAAACCGGUGCUACAGACUCUUCUAGUGCUACUGAUAGCGAUACUGCCACAAGCUCAGAAACUAACACUGGAGCUACUGAGUCUUCUACUGCCACCAAUACCAAUAGUAGCAAUGACACUGAUACCAACACAGGUGCUACUAAUACAGACAAUAAUACUGCCUCAAACACGGAAACUAAUACAGGUAGUACUGAUACGAAUACUGAUACCAACACCGGUGCUACAAAUACAAACACCGAUACUAAUACUGGUGGUACAAAUACAAACACUGGAGCUACAAAUACAAAUACUGAUUCCAACACUGGUGCUACAGGUACAAACACUGAUUCCAACACUGGUGCUACAGGUACAAACACUGAUUCCAACACUGGUGCUACAAAUACAGGUGGUACAAAUACAAACACUGAUACCAACACUGGUGCUACAAAUACAGGUGGUACAAAUACAAACACUGAUUCCAACACUGGUGCUACUAACACUAACACCAAUACGAACACUGGUGCUACAGGUACAAACACUGAUACCAACACUGGUGGUACAAAUACAAACACUGGAGCUACAAAUACAAAUACUGAUUCCAACACUGGAGCUACAGGUACAAACACUGAUACUAACACUGGUGCUACAAAUACAGGUGCUACAAAUGCAAAUACUGAUUCCAACACUGGAGCUACAAAUACAAAUACUGAUUCCAACACUGGUGCUACAGGUACAAACACUGCUUCCAACACUGGUGCUACUAACACUAACACUGAUUCCAACACUGGUGCUACAAAUACAGGUGCUACAAAUGCAAAUACUGAUUCCAACACUGGUGCUACAGGUACAAACAUUGAUACUAACACUGGUGCUAUAAAUACAAACACCAAUACCGGAGCUACAGGUACAAAUACUGCUACUAAUACUGGUGGUGUGACUACUACUAAGGAUAUUCCAAGUUCUACUUCCACAGAUGAAGGUUCUAAUAAUGGUGGUGGAUCCAAUAAUGGAUCAGGUUCAGAUAACGGUUCAGGCAGUGGCUCCAGCAAUGGGUCAGGCUCGGGUUCCAAUAAUGGUUCAGGUAAUGGUUCAGGUUCAGGGACAGGUAGUGGUGCCGGUAACGGGUCAGGUAAUGGCACAGACAAUGGAUCGGGUAAUGGAUCAGGUUCUGGUUCAGACAAUGGUUCCGGUUCUAGUAAUGGAUCAGGCUCAGGAUCGGGAAGUGGUGCUGGUAAUGGAUCAGGUAGUGGUACCGGUAACGGGUCAGGUAAUGGCACAGACAAUGGAUCGGGUAAUGGAUCUGGUUCUGGCUCAGACAAUGGUUCCGGUUCUAGUAAUGGAUCAGGCUCAGGAUCGGGAAGUGGUGCUGGUAAUGGAUCAGGUAGUAGUUCAGGCUCUGGUACUGACAAUGGCACAGAUAAUGGUUCUGGCUCAGGCUCUGGAAAUGGUUCUGGUUCCAACAAUAGCAAUGGUUCCGGAUCAGGUUCUGGUAGUGGUUCUGGUAAUGGUUCUGGCUCUGGAAGUGGUUCAGGUAAUGGUACUGGCUCUGGCUCUGGCUCUGGCUCUGGCUCUGGCUCUGGAAGUGGUUCAGGUAAUGGUACUGGCUCUGGCUCUGGCUCUGGCUCUGGCUCUGGAAGUGGUUCAGGUAAUGGUUCUGGCUCUGGCUCUGGCUCUGGCUCUGGAUCUGGAAGUGAUUCUGGUUCUAACAAUAACAAUGGUUCAGGUUCAGGUUCUGGUAGUGGACAAGGUAAUGGAAUUAUUACUUCAUCAAUUGGUCAACCAGGUUCUUCAACCUCCACUCAUGGACCAUCAUCUUCCAAUACAGCAACUAUACCAGAUCAAGCAAAUUCAGGAAAUCACAUCAAAUUCACAUUAUUCAAUGGAUUAUUGAUUGGAUUAAUUUCAAUUGUUUUCAUGUAA